AUGGCCGACAGCGACCCCCGUCAGAGGGAUUCUGAUGAGCUCAUGCCCAACAUCGAGACCAAACCCAAGUCGUACGCGGAGUACGUGCUCAGCUGCGUACAAAAGGGUGAAGAUUUCAUGCUCCCGCUCUCGAUGAUUGUUGCCCUAGACGCAAGGAAGGUGCAAGCUGAGGAGAUGCAGGAGAACCAGCCUGUCUUUCUCGUUUUCCAAGAAGAUGGGUCCGUUGAAGGUUGCCAGGGCCUGAAGAAAGUACCGAGCUCAAAGAAUGUGGUGGGCAUCUACUCUACGAUUCUCAGUGCGAACUUGAAGGCAGUGGAAAUUAUCCGCGAGGCGAUCAAAGAACCUUUCUGUAGGGGACUGCCAAGAACUACGAAGGAGUGGGCCACAGAGCACAACGAUGAGAUUAAGGCUGGAUCCGGCUUGGAAGGUGACGACACUUGGUUCAUUGACGAAGGCGGACUCUUACACUUGCGAGUGACGCAGAGAACUUCUUUAUUCAGAGAAUCAGUCAAGGAUGCCUGGGUGGAAAGACGAUCUAUUGAGGAUUGA